AUGAGCCACAGCUACGCUCCCGUCGCACCCGCACCCGACUCGCAGCCCACGCACUUGGCCACAGCCUCGCCGCGACGCCGACGUCUCGCUCUCUCGUCCCGCUCCUGGGGCGCUCUUGCCGCAGCCGCGGUGAUCCUCGCCCUCUUCGGUUCUCUGCACGAGCCUACGAGGCGACAUACUACUUCGGCAGCCAAGGCCACGCUCGCGGGUAUCUGGCCGGCGGAGGAGGUGGACGAGCGGACGCAGUUGAGGGGGCGGUACGAGAAGAUGCUCGCGCGGGUCAUGCUUCAUCCGGAGCAACCGCCAGAGAGCUGGAAGGACCAGGUCGUCCCCGGCGAGCAGUACUUGUUCUCGAACUUCUUUGGCGGACAGACGAAUCAGCUCAUGAUCAAGCUCAACGCGUUAUCGGCCGCGAAGGAUCUCGGCGCUGUCGCGCUGAUCCCCUCCUUCGUCGCCCUGCAUUUCAAGGGCCAUAGCCAUCGUCCUAUCGACAGAAUGUACGACAUGCCCCGCUUCUACAACCUCACCGGCCUCCGUGCCGUCCCCCUCGACCGCUUCAAGGCUCACAACCUCACCGCCGCAUCGGUCGAACCGGAUCGGGUCACCUGCUGGACCUACGCCGCAUACAGCAGUCCUAAGGCCCCGUACCUGCCACCUCCCGCCCGCUUCCUCAGCGAAUACGGUAUCAGCCUCGACUAUUCGUACCCGGAUCCGCAAACCCUCUCGACGCCAGUCGGGCAGCCAGUCCGGGUCGAGGACAUUGUCGCCUUCCUUGCAAAUGGCACCGGUCAAGCAGGCUGGAUCGAGCGUAACCGCGUCGAACAGUUGCCGGAAGCACCUUCACCUGCUUUCGAUCCGGCCAGCAUCCCGCCUCGUUCGCCUGACGAGCAAGUCCACUGUGUGGAUGCGCUGUACUACCUCAAGUCCCGAUGGCCGAGCACAUGGGGGGACGUUGGCCAGCACCUGCAUUUCCUUCCCGAGGUGCAGACGGCGGCACAGGAGUAUCUGCGGGUCUUGCUUGAAGUGCCAGAGGGGCAGGAUAUCCCACCCUACAUCUCCGUUCAUGUGCGAGGUACCGACUUCCGGACUGGGCAUGGCUCCAUCUCGUCCUCCAGCUUCGUCGAACAAGUCGCCGAGGUCCGGAAGCUGGUCGCUAAGCGCCUCAAGGACUUCGAGUCCGGCGUCCUGACAGCUUCCUCGACCUGGCCGGCGCCUCGGAGCUUCAUGCUCACGCCGGAGGAGUAUCCCGUCGUCUUCACCUCUGACGAGCACCCGACUUCAGCAUUCUGGCACGAACUCGAGGGUCAUGGCUGGAAGGGCGUAGAUCACAUCCGCUUCAACACGACCGAGCGGUUCGAUCCGUGGUAUCCCAGCCUGAUUGACGGCGCAGUGUUGUCAGGAGCGGAAGGCAUUGUCGGCACCGCGGCGUCUACGUACAGCGCUGUCAGCGGAGAACGAGUCAAGUCUUGGCAAGGUGGCGUUUACGUCGAAGCGCAGCUCGCAAAGACUUGA